ACGUCAUCAGAUGCAAAAUCACGCAGUCUUGUGUUAGGCCAUUAGAUCCCUUGCAAAUUACUACUGGAGUUGUGAAAAUGGUGAUCUUGCUAUUGCUUGUGUUAUAACUUCAUUGCUGAAAGUUUGUGUUUAAAAUUCAACCAAGGGUAUCUAUGUUUUGAGCAAUAUUAUAUAUCUGCUACGUGUUAUAGCUAUGAGAAACUCGUGAUGUGAAAAGAAGGAAGUGUCUGCAAAUCGAACGUUUCCGAUAUUGGUUGUCACUUCUAAAUUUCUUACGUAAGGAAGAUUAAAAGGAUUUUCUAUUGCUUUUCGUUUCUGCAGUUGGGUUUUCGUGCGUUCUUAUGAAAUAAAAUUAUGGAAGUAAAUAAAGAUGAAGCGGAAAGGUGUAUUGAAUUAGCCAAGAAAUUUAUUUCGGAAGAAAAGGAGGACAAAGCAGAGAAAUUCUUGCUUAAGGCAGAAAAAUUAUAUCCAACACAGAAAGCGAAAGAUCUUCUUAAACACUUGAACAUAUCACAGCCUGAAGCAGACCAAGAUGAUGUUCGAAGGAAGAGACACGUUCCAAAGAAAGAGCCGGAGGAACGGCCACAGCAAACGGAACAGCAGCAGCAAUCUAGAUCAGCUGGUGACAAGGAAUUUAACAAGGAACAUUUAGAAGCUGUAAAAAGGAUUAAGAAAUGUAAGGACUAUUAUGAGAUCCUGGGUGUGUCCAAGGAAGCCACAGACAGUGACAUCAAGAAAGCUUAUAAGAAGCUUGCCCUCCUUCUUCAUCCAGACAAGAACAAAUGUCCUGGGGCCGCAGAAGCAUUCAAAGCUAUUGGCAAUGCUGCUGCCAUCCUAUUGGACGCUACGAAGCGAAAACAGUAUGAUAUGUAUGGCCCAGAAGAAGAGCGGAUACAGCAUGCUCAGAGACAUGCUCAUGGUGGCUAUCAUGAAUACAACUAUACCCGUGGGUUUGAAGCUGAUAUUACUGCAGAAGAGCUUUUCAGCAUGUUCUUUGGAGGUGGAUUCCAUAAUCAGAAUGUUUACACAAGGCGAGGAGGCCGAUGGCAGCGUGCAGAGAAUCAUGCUCAGAAUAGAGAGCGGCAAGCAAGUGGGUACACAGUAUUCUUUCAGAUGUUACCAAUUCUUCUUCUGAUUGUUCUCUCGAUGAUGAGCAGUUUCUUCAUAUCAGAUCCAAUCUACAGCCUCCACUCAAGCUCGAAGUUUCCAGUUCAGCGCAAGACUUUGAACUUGAAGGUGCCGUAUUAUGUCAAAGAGAAUUUCCAUACUGAAUAUCAAGGAAGUUUGCGGCGAUUAGAGAUUUCUGUAGAGGAGGAGUACGUUUCAAACCUACGACAGUCUUGCUAUAGGGAGAAAAAUUAUCGAGAAACGAUGGUAUGGAAGGCACGCAACUUUGGUGAUCGAGAGUUAUUUCAGAAAGCACAGAAUAUCCGUAUGCCAUCAUGUGAUGCGCUACAUGAACUUCAAGCUCAGGCAGGCUAGACACAAAUGCUGGUUGUGUUUUAGUAUUCUCUUCAAUGAAAUACUCUUAUAUGAUUUUUCUUGUUGUUUUAGCCUAUAUGCUUUUGGAACUUGAUGUCAAUAAUAUGUAUGUAAUUUAUAAUAUUCUUUUUAGCAGAAUGAUAAAAUUUAUACAAAAAUAUGGCAAUGGAUGUUUCUGGAUAUUCUGCUGAGAAAUCUGCAGAAAAAUCUAAUGAAAAUGAAUUUGUAAAGUUGGCAAAUUGUUGUUUUCUGUAUUGGUAACACGCAUUGUACUUGGACUACAAUAUUAACUGCCCAGUUCAAAAAAGACAAGCAAAUACAUUGUUUUCUAUGUUAAGGCAAAUACAUUGUUUACUAUGUUGUUAUGAACUUUUAUCCUUGAAUAUAUUUUAGUUUGAUGUUGGA